AUGUUAUGGAAUACUGGUCUACAUACAUGCAUACAUACAUACACACAUACAUACAUACAUGCAUACAUACACACAUACAUACAUACAUACACACAUACAUACAUACACACAUACAUACAUACAUACAUACAUACAUACAUACAUACAAAUACUAAUCUUAGUCACAGAUCUAGAAUGCGACAUUUCUUAACAAUCUUGUUGCUGGACGAAGCCGAGCAAAAAAACAUGAGUGCAACGCCAACUGCAACUAUUCCAAUUCAUCCAGACUCUACUAGCGAUAAAACCAAUUCCAGCUGCAAUUUGCCACUGUGCAGGCAUUUCACAAAACCCAUGUCAAAUAAAGAAUCGCACUGCAAAGUCUAG